AUGAAUGAUGUUCCGGUGGUGAGACUACUUCUUGAGACGAAACGAAUUUCUCCAAAAAAGAGCAUCUCGACCAACACCUUUUGUUCUAGCGUAAGGAAUUUCGCUACCGGCAUCAGCCCCAAUAGCACUGAUAUGUAUGAGAUGGGCAUCGUUUUCAUUGGCGGCCAACGCGACGUUACAUUCACGAUCACAUUUGCACCCUCACAUGAUCUCAAAAUAUCGGACCUAGAGGUUACGUCACUUGAUAGGGGAGGGAGAAUCUGGUUGCCUUUUGGUGUUCGACAUUCAUUUAUCAGUAAUGGUGCGUCAGUCAAGAUUCGCGCAGUUCACCUAUUCCGGGCAAAGCGAACCCAAGAAAAGUAUAUAUUACCCAGUGAUCUCAUAUCUCCAAUGUUUUUGCUAUGCCGCGAACCCAAUUGA